AUGGAUGUUUACUCGGCAGAGCCCGCAUUUCCGGUCCUUGCUGAUUCUCUACUCCGACCGCCGGAGUCAACGGAAAGUGAAGCUCCUCCUUCAAAUGAGACAACCGCAAAAAGUGACUGGAACCUCAAAAAUGAUUGGAAACAGGGCAUCCAAUCCUCCAAGGAAGGGGUCUUUCGGUGUGGGGUUGUCCUCGGCUUCUCCAGGCUGCGAAUGAGAAGCAGCGAAAGCAAUGAGUAUAUCGGAGAGAUCCCUCGAUACAUUCUCACAAAUCACCUGCGGAGUAUCCAUCCAUCAUCUGAGCCGAGCGCGUUCAUUAUCCACCCACGAAGUUUCGAGGCUUUUGCCCCGAGGACUCUACUCAAUGAGCUGCAGUGUUCUUCCCAUGACCAGCCUGGUCUAUCAAGAGAUGAUGCAAUCCGUAAACUUGACUCUGUGCAGUUACUUCCUGUACAAAACUUCCCCAAUGCCGCACAGGCCAUCGGUAAGGUCUCGGAAGCGCUGCGCGACAUCCAAGAUAAUAGAGAAAAACAGAGAAAAUCGGCCGAGGCAAGCCCAUCCACCAGCAAUCCCAUUGUCUUCAUUAUUGCAGGUCUCGAUACUCUAGCCGAAGGAGUAAUUCGAGCCUCCAACCCAGCUCGAGGUGCAGCCGUUCUGACAGCUACACUUCGCACCUUGACGCAUUUGUCUCGUGUGCACGCCUCUCAUCUCUCGAUCAUUCUUGUCAAUACUAAUGGACUGGGAUCUAUGUAUCCAGGAUGGGAUAAAAAUCAACCCUCGACUGGAAAUACUACUACCUAUGGAGAUGAUGCUACGAGGCAGCCGUUGGAAGAUGGCAUCCACUCCGUCUUCCAUUCUGAUAUCCCCCCUUUGUUCCCCACCUUGCUCAUGAAGACGUCAGACCAAGGCAUCGAUACCCAUUUGUUGGUUUCUGAUUUGAGGGGAGCUCAGAUAGUCGAAGUGAUCAAAGAUCGAGUUGGCACGAGUCUAGGCAAAUGGGGAAUAUGGAACGAGCAAUGA